ACUUUAAACAUUUAAAUGUUUUGAUUAUUUUUCGCUCGUAAUUUUGUUCGUUUUCCUUUAUUUUCGCUUAAUUUCUCACAAUGAAAUGCGAAAUUGGGGGUCUAAACACCAAAGUGUUUUCGCGCGGCAUUCACUUCCUCGCCAGAAUCGGAGAUGAAAUCCAUUUCGAGAGUUUGGAUUCAGGACUUUACUUGAGCACCGUAAAUCACAUUAAAACAGCUUAUGGCUCGAUAAAAUUCGAAAGAGAAUUUUUCUCAGAGUACAAAGACGACCUCGGGCAAGACGACGAAACGCAAUGUAAAGUCUCGAUACGACAAAUUUUGCCGGUUUUUCGAUCGUUGAAGCAGGUCGAACGUUUCACAAUUGAAUUGGAUCAAAAGAGCUGUCGGCUUGUCUUUGUGCUGUUUUGUCGUCAAAAAAUCACGAAAAAACACUCGAUUCCCAUUUUAGACUUUACGAGACUUGAUGAACUUGAGAUUCCUGAGAGUUUUAGCAACAAAAUUACCGGAUCUCACAAAUUAAUGGUAGGAAUCCUCCAUAGCUUCCACAAAACAUGCCGCGAAAUCAAAUUUGACGUGAAAUCCGACUCAAUUGUCAUCAAAAAUCACAUUGACAAUGAAAACAGCGACUACGAGACGAUUCGUUCGAAUCACACAUUGCGCGUCGAUGAGUUCGACACGUUUUCCAUCAAGCAAGAAGGCUCAAUUGCCUUUACUUUUUCGGAUUUUCGUGCGAUGGUGCAUUUCGCGGAGGCAAACGAAGCCAUGUUACGCGUUAAUUUCGACGCUCCCGGCGAACCGCUUUGCAUGUCAUGCGCUUGCCCUGACAAAGAUCUCUUUGUAGCGAAUUUACUCGUUGCCACGAUGCUUCAUGACAUGGAAGAUACGGCGCCGGAUGUGUUACGAUCGAAAACUCAAACGAGCGACGAAGGCACGGAGCAACCUGAGCCGCGAUCGAGACAGAAAAAGCGAAAACGUGUCAUUGAAUCGCAAAGCGACGAGAAUCCAUUCGAUUUUGUGAACGAUAAAAGUGAAAAAAGUAAAGGAGGAAAGGAAAAAAGUGACCAAAUUAAUGAAACGGAAGACAAAACUGUCGAAAAUAUGCCUCCAAUCGCGAAUCCGUAAUCGACACGGCACGAAAUCUCGAUUCUCAUGUCGAAAAUCGUCCUUCGAUCCUUCCUCAAACCUCAAAUAUCGAUCCUCGUGCCUCAAUAUUGCCUCCGGUGCUUCCCUCAAUCCCUCUGGGCAGCUCUUCGUACGUCAGUAACACAACUUCAUCCGAGAUGAAACGAAAUUUGCGUGAAAAACAUCGAAAAUCGAUAGAAUCUGUGUCAUUUUCGUCCUCAAUUCCCAUUGAUGUCCCCCAAAAUCCGCCAUUUUUCGAACAAGAUGCCCAAAAAGUCUCCGAAGACAUCUUUUUUGAGACAGAAGAGACGGAAAAAACCAUCUCGCAUGACAAUUCUGAAGUAAUAAUUCCCGAAUCAGGCGCCCGAACCGAGACAGAAGAAGAAAAACGAAAAGCAGAGGAAGAAUUACAAGCAAAAAGGAAAAUUUUGUUAAAAAAUAUCAUCGAAAGGCGAUAUUUGGAUCCAAAAAAUCUGCCUGGAGCAAAUGAAAUUUUAGCGGAAGACUCCGAGGGAGAAGAAACAAACUCGAGAUUACGCGCGAACCGCGAAAAAAGCAAGAAAAAGAGAAAUUUAAAGUAGUUAAUAUGUUUAUUUAUUUUAUUUUUUUUAUUUAUUAUUUUAAAGAUACUGCUACAUACACACGUCCUUAAAAUUCUAAUAAUAUUCUUUUACCGUUAGUAAUUUAUUUAUUUUUUUUUUAAAUAUUUUCAUCAUUUUUUUAAUUUUUCAUCGAAUCUUUCGCGCUGGAAUUCUUGAAGAAUGCUGAUGAUUUGAAAAAAAAAUUUUUUUUUUUUUGAAGUUAGGCGCGUGUUUUUUUU